AGGAAAAGCUGUGCGCAAAGACUCCGGAUAGGUGAGCGCAUGAUUGGAGCCACUACUCCAAGAAUCCGCCUCUGACAGUCUGUGGGAUUGCCCCUGUGUUUCUUUUCGGCGGAAUCUAAAUAUAAGUCGGUGACAAAUAGUCCAAAUACAGUAGCAACCCAACUGUGAUGUGGGGGUGGUGCUGAGAGAACAGCUCCCUCUCCAAAGCCCACCCCCCCUCCCCCCUUUUGGAUCCGGAGUCCGUCAGGAGAAGGUCGCACAGAGUCUUCAGCUCCCACCUGCACCACUUGACGAAUGUUUUUUCCUUAUUACCAUGAAGAGACAAAACGCCAGGACUCUCGCCCUCAUCAUCAGCAUCCUCACCUACCUGGUGGUCGGUGCGGCCGUGUUCGAGACGCUGGAGUCGAAACAGGAGAAAAGUCACAAGAGGAAGCUCGACGCCAGAAAGUACGAACUCAUGCGCAAAUAUAACUUGACCAAAGAGAACUUCGAGGAGCUGGAGCACGUCGUGUUACAGCUCAAACCUCACAAAGCGGGGGUCCAGUGGAAAUUUGCUGGCUCCUUUUACUUCGCCAUCACUGUGAUUACGACAAUAGGUUACGGCCAUGCAGCGCCCAGCACCGACUCAGGGAAAGUGUUCUGCAUGUUCUACGCCCUCCUGGGGAUCCCGCUCACUUUGGUCAUGUUCCAGAGCCUAGGUGAGCGGAUCAACACGUUCGUCAGGUACCUGCUGCACCAAGCCAAGAAGUGCCUGGGAAUGCAUCAGACCGAGGUCUCCAUGGCGAACAUGGUGACGGUGGGCUUCUUCUCUUGCAUGAGCACCCUGUGUGUGGGGGCUCUGGCGUUCUCUCACUGCGAGGGAUGGAGCUUCCUCCACGCCUUUUACUACUGCUUCAUCACGCUCACCACUAUCGGGUUUGGAGACUAUGUGGCUCUGCAGAGGGACGACGCGCUGCAGAAUGACCCUCGGUACGUUGCUUUCUGCUUCGUCUACAUCCUGAUGGGCCUGACGGUGAUCGGGGCGUUCCUAAACCUGGUGGUGCUUCGCUUCCUUACCAUGAACACUGAGGACGAGCGGAGAGACGCCAAGCAGAGGGCCUUGAUGUCCGUCAGUAAGCCCAGAGGAGAGGUGGCUCGUCUACUACCAGUCUCAGCCUCAACCUCUUCCACACCUGUAGCGGACGACACUACGAAAGCUAAAGAUUUAAAAGGUGUCUACACUGAGGUGCUUCAUUUCCAGACUAUAUGCUCCUGCUUGUGGUACAGGAGCAAGGAGAAGCUGCAGAGCUCCACUAUGAUCCCUCAGGAGCUGACGUUCUCUGAUGCCUACUUGCAGCAGAAUAGUAACUGUCCUCACUACAUGGAACCUUUAUCAACAGGCUGCGUUUGCAGUCCACGUCAGUGCUCGAGCAUAAGCUCCAUAACAACGGGCCUACACAUUCUCUCUCCGUUCAGGGUGUUUAAGAGACGCAGCUCCGUCUAGCCUUUCAAUACAGCAGAUUUCAGUACAGCACAAUGCGUCUGUACUGCCAAGCGGACAACAGAUACUUGGCAGUCCUCACAGCAAAGACAUGACUGCAAGUAGACGUUUGUGGUGCUAUAAUCCCAGUAAACCAACAGUAGGACACGCAAAAGGGAAAAGCACAUACAGCACUGUAAACAGCAAAGUCUUACCCAAAUAUGUAUUUUAAGAAAGCACAACAAAAGUCUUAUUCAGGGCAACCUGUGUGCUUUGACAAAUCAUGUAGGAAGUCGUCUAGGUCACCACACAUGAACACAUGAACGCGCUGCAGUACAUGGUGGUGCACAGUGUACACAGCUUGUAGGUGGCAGCGCAGCGGCAGAACAGGUUGAGUCAGUUGAUCAAUGGCACGAUAAAAUAACUGAAACCUCUCGGACGAAAGCUCUGCAGUAAAUUCCAGUUGUGUGCGUUUGUUAAUAAUCUCAAAGAUGCUGAUUCAACUCCGGUUAUUUCUUAAAGCUGUACUUUGUGGCGUUGUUGGUCCGUUGUUUUUCUCUGUUAGGCAUAUGUCUUGUGUUUUUUUUUUUAGACAUCUCCCGUCAUAGUAUUUGUGACUGAUGAAGCAUCAGUUCACUUUCUGGCCUUAUAUAAGUUGCCUUGUGUUGCCCUAAAAAAUGCUUUCAAACAAAUCGUGAUUGUCAGAACUUUAUUAAAGCUGACACACACUGGUAACUCAGUAUGACUCAUUCCCUGUGUAGCAGCCUCUGUUAUUGUGAGUUUCAGUGCUCUCUGCCCAAAUUUUCUGGUGCAUCAGUCACAAACACUGCAAAAUUAUGUAACGUCACAAGUGGAGAAGUUCAAAAAAUCACGAUGACAUAUCCCAAACACAGAGAAACUGCAUUAGGGAAAGAAGUACAGUAAUCACAAGUAGACACUCACCAGCACUGACUGAAACACACUUAACUGGACUUGUUUAGCAACACUACAAAGAAUUGCUUUAAAAAUCAUCAUCAGGGCUAAAUCAACAACUCGCCAACAACCUGGUAUUCACUGCAGAGUUACUGUAGUGUUUCUGUUACUUUCUCCUACCCUGGCUGAUGGUUGGUUAAGUCGCAGAUUUGGCACUGAUGGGUCCAGAAGUCAGUCCAGAGCAGGUUCUGGUCUGCUUCGUGGUGUUUCCACUGUGAUGCUGUUAUCAGUCCUUCAGGAACCAGAGCAGAUACGCACCUUAAACAUCCAGGCACUGGUGAGGUUGCACUAUUAAAGGAAUAACUCAACAUUUUGAAAGAAAUAUGAGAUUGAGACCAUAAACUCAUUUACUGAGCUAAUGAAUCAAGUGAGAAGUCGGAUAAUUUCUCCAUAAGACUGCAUGGUACCAGUGUGUUAUUGCAGCCAGUGGAGCUCCCCCUGCUGGCUUUUACAAAGAAUGCAGGUUUAAGACACUUCACAGACCCCGAAGCUGUGUCCAUUAUAUAUACUGUCAAUGGUGUUUACCCUACUAUUUCAUGUCAAAAUGUCUGCUUGAAAAAGGUUGAUUAAGUAUGGAAAUGGAGCUAUGGAAAGCCUGUCUCCAAAAUACCUCUAUCGACACCUAAAACUCACUUAUUGUCAGGAAAAGCAAGUAGCAUUCCCAAAAUGUUUUAACUAUUCCUUUAAACAAAUAAGAGUUGUUAAACCACAAGUUGUUAUUUUUACACUCUGUAUGCUAAAUAUGCAGUUUUGUACGGUUUAAAAAUAAGAUAAAUUGUGUUAACUGGUGAACUUGAGAGGUAUUUCUAGGCGUUGUUUCCUUCAGGCGGAGCCAGAAGAGCUGUUUAAACAUUUGUACAGUCAUUAUGCUAAGCUAGAUAAUAGUCUGCUGCCUCAAGGUUCAUAUUUAGCAUACAGACAAGAGAAUAUCUAUCUUUUUAUCUAACUCUGCCCCAAAAAAAGCAAUAAGCAUAAUUUCCCAAAAUGUUGAUCUAUUCCUUUAAUCCAAAGCUGAUUGAGUAAAAGUUAAAUAUUAUUCAUUUAUAUUUAAGUUAUAAGUAUAAAAAAACUUUUUUCAAGCCGUUUUUUGAUGUAACAGCUGGAAUCUUGUCGUCGCGGCGAGGUCGCCUGGCAACCGGCGGAGACCAGAGCUGGGUGGAUGGAUAAACCGUUGUUUGUCGAGAGAUAGGAGUUCUAGCACGAAACGCCCAAAACCACAUUUUUAGACUUCUGUUUGUGUGCUGAUUUAAGAUAAGACGUGUUCUUUUGUGAGCUUUAGAGGAGCUGGGAGGAAGAUUUUAUUUUAAAACGCUCGCUGUUUCCUCCUGCUUCCAGUCUUUAUGCUAAGAUACCUGCAGGCUAACCUACAGUAGUUUGUUAGGUCCAAUACUUAACACACAGAUAACUUUUGGCAAGAAAAUAAAUGAGUAUUUCACAACUUGCUUUUUUAAAGCUAACAGGCAAGCCCUCUGACUGUUAACCUACCAGAUUAGAAAAAAAUUAAUACAGAUUAGACCCUUAAACGUGGAUUAUGUGGAUUAUGGGUGUGGAUCUACUCUAUUUCUCUCCACUCUGCUCUUUUGACCUGAAGGACAAUGACAGACUAUCAAAUAAAACACAUCAGCUGUUCAGAUAUGAAGCGUGCGGAGCGGUCCAAAUCACGUAUUGGAUCAAACUGUACAUGCAAACUAUUUCGAGGAGCAGUUCGGAGUGGCACAUGGGAGUGGGUUUUCUGCGUUUGGACAAUGGAUAAUAAGAUGGUUGUCAAUCACAGAUAAUUAUGCCUCAAAGACAUAGUCUCUGAUUGACAGAAAAGAAAAAAAAAAUCCACCCUCAGAUACUAUUUAUUAUUUCUGGGCCUGUUUUGGUGUUUAGUAUUUUUUUUUUUUUUAGUAGGCGACAUGGAUGUGGCAUCACGUUAAGUUUAUUUCUGGCAGCUGCACAUGAGUUUCAGGAGAUCAAGUAAAGUAUCUCAGAGUGUUACUUAAUCAUACAAUAUGUAGUUUCUGCCUGCUCACAUCAAAACAGUAACAAAAGACUGAGUUUGUUGUCUUUAUCACCAUCAUUGGCGUCAUUGCAGUCAGCUUCUCCCGGUUGGGAUUCCUUCUGUGUUCAUCAUUCAGGAGGUUUUUACCAGGCACCGAAUUAUCUGCAGAGGUCUCGUCCUCUUCAAAACAAACAGACCUGGUGAUUAAAACCAGUAAAAACACUGAAUAAAGAAGUUUCAGCUUAAAAAAUCUGUAUUUCUCCAAUGCUGUUCAUCAGACAACGGACGUCCCGGAGGGGCUGAGAGCCGAGCUGCUGCUAACGUUAGUUCAGCUUGUUUCUCUGGUAACUUAAAAUCCAGACUUCUUAUGACUAAAAUCCUUCAUCUUGUUCAAAUAUAAAAUAUAGAGUUAAAAAUUUCUCUUUUUUUUUAAACAUUGUUGGAAACAUUUUGGAUAAUGUGAAUACGCAACAAAAUAUUUAACAUAGAUCUAGGGUUUAUAGACAUUUUAUUGUGGAAAUGUUGCAUAUUAUAAGUGCAGUAGAUGUGUUUAGUUACAUUGCACCACUGUCAACACCUGAAGAAACAUUACAUGAGUCUGAAUGACGAGAAUACGAGUACUGGAAAAUGAAUCACAACAAUAUCUGAAGGUGGAUUUUUAUUCCUUUUGACUUCCUGCUAUUUACUGUUUUUGCCUUGUAGGGUGAAAUACCACCCACGUAACACACAACGGACAUAAAACAAGUGCCAACAAUGACUUGCUAAUACUAUUUCAUCUCUGUCUGGUGUCUAUUGAGACACCGAUCUCAUCUAAAUGCAGCUGUUGUGAUGGACUGUACUGUACCUUACUGAAAUGCAUUUGCACAUGAUAAUGAGAGAAAAAUUAUUAUGAUGCUUUCUGCUUUUGACUUGCUUUUAACAAUAAGUGACAGCCUACUGUAUAUUUCAUGCAAAGUACUGUAUUAGUUUUAAAGUAGGACUACAUGCACUAGCAUAUAGGGGUUUCUCUGGUUUGCUUUGAUAGAAAAAUGGUUUUUAAAGAUGACCAUGGAGCAAAGUAGUACUUGAACACACAAAGAGUACUUGAAAUAAUUGUAAGAACUUUUUUUUUUAAAUCUAAACUUGCCAAGGGAUGUGUGCAUACUUAAGACAAAUCAAUGCAAAUGUAGUUAAAAAAAAUAUUGUACUAUUUUGCCCAAACGUAUAGAAAAAAACAUAAAGAGAAAACAUUAAAAACAUGGAUAUUUAAUCCAGAAACUG